UUUAAAACAAAAAUCUAUAAUUUCCAACAAGCUAAUUACCACAAAUCAAAAUCAAAUAAUUCAAUUUUCUUCCCAAAUAAAAUCCAAUCAUCAAUCACACAAAGAAAGAGACGAAGCAAAAAUUCAUUGACCACCCAUCCAAAAUUCCAAAUAUCCAAAAUUCCAAUGUAUUUGGAAUUAUAUUAGAGAAUCCACUUAUUAUUAUUAUUGACAUGACCACCGUUGCCAUUACUCUUCCACCACCUUUCUUUCAUACAACAACACCAUCACAUUCUUCUUCCAUUUCUUUGGCGGCUAUUCUUCGUCCACGAUUUUCUCUCUCCUCUCUUCCAUCAAUUCGUUGUAUUUCUUUAUCUUCUGCCAUGGACAACGUGAGCAGUCCAAGUUUAUUUCCACUGCAUCAUUGCAAAGUUAUUCACCUGGUGAGGCAUGCACAAGGACUUCACAAUAUAGAAGGCGAGAAGAAUUACAAGGCAUAUAUGAAACCUGAAUAUUUUGAUGCUCCCUUGACUCCGUUAGGUUGGCAGCAGGUUGAUAAUUUACGACGGCAUGUUCGUGAUUGUGGCCUCUAUAAUAAAAUUGAAUUAGUCAUAACAUCCCCUUUGCUAAGGACUUUGCAAACAACAGUUGGUGUUUUUGGCGGUGAGGGCUAUACUGAUGGGAUGGACGUGCUGCCAAUGAUGGUGGCAAAUGCUGGAAACAGUGACCGUUCUGCCAUUUCAAGCCUAAACUGCCCACCUAUUAUGGCUGUUGAGCUUUGUCGUGAGCAUUUGGGAGUUCAUCCUUGUGACAGGAGGAGACAUAUUCAAGAUUAUCAAUGUCUUUUCCCUGCUAUUGACUUUUCACAGAUAGAAACCGAUGAAGAUACAUUAUGGAAGGCUGAUGUUCGGGAAACCAAAGCAGAAGUUGCAGCUAGGGGAAUGAAUUUCAUGAAUUGGUUACUGACAAGGAAGGAGAAGGAAAUAGCUGUUGUAACUCAUAGUGGUUUUUUGAUGCACACUCUGAGUCAAUUUGGAAAUGACUGUCACCCUCUGAUGAAGGAUGAAAUAAGUAAACGCUUUAAAAACUGUGAGCUUCGUUCAAUUGUCCUUGCCGAUAGGAAUAUGAUAGGGUCUAACUCUAAUGCACCAGUCACCAAUUAUCCCGGCAAGAUACCAGACGGGCCUGAUCUUCCUAGUGAUCUUGCUGAUGAAAAGGAAAACAGUCAUUGCUGAAUCUGUUGGAUGGAUGUUCAUGCAUUGUUCUCGUCCAACAAUUUGAGAUUAUGAUGAUAUUUGAACGGUAAAAUAUUGGGAGUGGCAGCAGACUCAAGGUUGUUAACACCGAACAUGGAAAUCAUACCGAGAAGUUUAAGGGCCUGUUUGAUGAUGACGAAAUGUUCUUUGAGACACCUCUGUUAAAUUCAACAUACUUAUUGAUAUUCGGCUGAUGUUGAGAGUUUUAGGCAUUCUGCAGUUAUAUUAGUUCUAUGAAGGCUGAAUUUUAUUUAUCUUUCUCUUGAUAGUGCUGUGUUGAUAUAUUUGCAAAGGAAUUUGAACUAUAUUGACAUGGUGUGGAUUCAAAAUGUACAAAUUUAUCAAAAAUGUUUAGACUUCAAAUAUUUAGUUCUCA